AUGGGCAACCCGCUCCUCGACAUGCAGGUCGUCAACAAGCCCGAGCUCCUCGACAAGUACGGCCUCAAGCCCAACGACGCCAUCCUCGCCGAGGGCAAGCAGGCCGACAUCUACGACGACCUCCAGGCCAACUACCAGGUCGAGUACGUCGCCGGCGGCGCCGCCCAGAACGCCGCCCGCGGCGCCCAGUACGUCCUCCCCGAGGGCUCGACCGCCUACCUCGGCGCCGUCGGCAGCGACAAGCUCGCCGACCAGCUCCGCGCCGCCAACGACAAGGAGGGCCUCCACUCGGCCUACCAGGUCGUCGACGACAAGCCCACGGGCGCCUGCGCCGUCAUCAUCACCGGCCACGACCGCUCGCUCUGCACGACCCUCGGCGCCGCCGAGUCGUUCUCGCCGUCGCACCUCGACAAGCCCGAGAUCAAGGGCCUGAUCGAGCGCGCCCAGAACUUCUACCUCGGCGGCUUCUUCCUCACCCACGGCCUCGAGAGCGCCCUCGUCCUCGCCAAGCACGCCGCCGAGAAGAACAAGCCGUUCGCCAUGAACCUGUCGGCGCCGUUCAUCCCGCAGUUCUUCAAGUCGCAGGUCGACGAGAUCCUGCCCUACGUCGACGUCCUCAUCGGCAACGAGUCCGAGGCCGAGGCGUACGCCGCCAGCCACGAGUGGGACACCAAGGACAUCCCGACCAUCGCCCAGAAGCUCGCCGCGCUCCCCAAGAAGAACGAGUCGACGGCCCGCAUCGUCGUCAUCACGCAGGGCGCGUCGUCGACCGUCGCCGCGUCGACCUCGUCGUCGCUCGUGCCCUCGGGCCUCCAGACGUACCCGGUCGAGGCCCUCGCGUCGGACAAGAUUGUCGACACGAACGGCGCCGGCGACGCGUUCGCGGGCGGGUUCCUCGGCGCGCGCGCGCUCGGCAAGAGCGUCGACGAGGCCGUCGAGGCCGGCCACAAGAUGGGCCAGAUGAACGUCCAGCUGUCGGGCCCGACCUUCAAGUUCCCCAAGGUCCAGAUCCUCUGA